AUGUAUAUACGCACCAAGAAAAUCCCUUUAAGCGUGCAAUCGCCGAAGAAGAACAGCUUUCAGCGGCGUCUGUCGCGCAGCGCAAGCAAGUUCGCGGCCAACUUCCAGAACGGAGGCAACCAAGGUAACGCGCAGCCGGUCAGUGUCCACACCCUGUCGAAUCCGGACGAUAUGAGCUCGAGCCUACUGCGCAGCGAUUCGGAUCGUAGCCCAACAGGCAACCUCAACCCGACCGUCAACUUCUUCGGGAACUUCAAGGGCUUCUCGCUCACACCGAUGGAGAAGGGGGAGCAGCAGAGCGAGAGGAACGACCCCAAUCCGCCGCCGGAGAGCAACAUCAAAGCGAAGGGCCCCAACGACGCCGUCGGCCCAAAGAGCGCCAAAAUCACGCCCGUCCAUAGAAGCAGCAGCAACAGCCAGAGCCUCAUAAGCCAAAGCAUCCUCAAGCCGGUGCUGAGGUCUGCGCCGCCGCUGCCGGUCGUGCCGGCCGCGGCGAAGACCAGCCCGAAGACCAGUCCGUCCGUCAAGAGGACCAACAGCUCGGUCCAGAAUAGGAUCAAGGCGUUGAUGAACUCGGAGAAGACCGAGGAGCUGCAACCGGCCGCUGCGAGCGCCGCCCCGCGGCCGGUCAUAUCCAGCCCCAUUCUCGAAGCCUCAACGUGCACCGCUAAGGAGCUGAUCUCUCCUCUACAAGGUUCCAAAACCUUGGGACCUAUUCGAGCCGCCCCGAUGGUGCCUGGGCUGUCGCCAGACCUAAAGCAACGCCCAGUCAGCAUGCAUUCGGGGGCCGUCCCGCAGAAACCGCUGCCCGAAGAGCCGAAGAAGGUCAAAGAGGGCAUCUCGCUGAACAGGAUCGCCUCAUUUCUCAAACAGGAGAAGCCCAAAGAGAAGGAGCGCCAACCGGUCGAGAGGAGCCACUCGUUGCCCAAAAACCCGAACCACCAGAUCAAAGUGCCGAAGGGCGCCGACAAAGUCGCCUUGAGAAAUCUGCAGAUCUCCAACCCGAUAGUGCAGAAACAGAUCGAGCUGCCGGUUAGCACUAUACCGGUGGUCUCCGACUCGGAGGAAGUAGACGACGCCAAGGCAUUCGUUAACAGAGCCCAGAGCAUGAGGGCGCCGGCCGCUCAGAAGCCGACACUGCAAAGCUUCGGGUCGAUGAGGCAAACGGCCGCCAGGCCUCUUUCCGUAGUCGGCCGCCCGACGGCCCCCCCGCCCCCCCUACCGAACCCCGCCAACGCUAAACCAGAAAACGAAGCGUCCCACUACCAGAACCCGAAGCCCCCCGUCGAACUGAAGUCGGCGGACUACGUAGACUGCAUAGAGGACAAGUCCGCCCCGCUAGCGCACAUCGACGAGGAGUCCGGCGACAACAUCUACGCGAUCAUAGAGGAGAGUCCCGAAAGCUACUCAAAGCCGCCGCCCGGGGUGCCGCCACCGAUCAAAACCAUACCGCAGCCGCCGCCCGUCGGCUACAACGCCCCCAAGACGGUCGCCUCCAACUCGGGGAGCACGGACAGCAUGGGCCUGCUCGGGGAGAUCGUGAACGAGAUACAGAACCGCAACUUCGACUCCAUCUACUCCGCCUCGACGCUCUCAAGGAAAAAGGAGAAAGAGAGGAAAGAGAAGAGCGCCGAUAGCACGAACAGAGACAGCACAUACAUGAACACGGACCACUACAGAGCGGCGGAGAGCGUGUACAGCAACUCCGGCGCAAAGUCGAACGCCUCCACUACGAGCAGCGGCUACCUGCACCCGUCGGCCGUGAAUGUGCCCACUUACAUAAGGGAGCGGGAGAACAACAACGAAACGAGCGAGACGGAGACGUCGCCCCCGUCGCCGAAAGCCAACUCGAAAAUACCGACGUUCGCGAGGCAGGUCACUCCGCCGACGCUGCGCAACACGAGCACCUUCAAAAACGUGCCGCAACAGCCGAAGAACCCGACGAAAACUGCUAAUCCGACCCCCAAAACCAUUCUGAACAGUCCGGACCUGGUCUCCAGCUGCGCGGUGGCGGACACGAAGAACGUCAAAGCGCCCGAUGUGGUCAACAACAACAAACCGCCCUUCGAACCGCCUAAAGUAGCGACUAAGCCGGCCGUGCCCGCAAAGACCGGCGACAGACCCCCGCUCCGGCCGGCGCCGGCCCUGGACAAGAGGCCGAGCAGUAAAUCCCUCACCUCGGCGAAGGCGUCGAACGCUCAAAACGUAAACGGCAAACAGCAGAACGAGAAAGCUCCAGCCGUAAACCGCACGAAUUCAAAGGUCGACUCCAACGUGAAAGCAAUAGCGGACAAUUUGAACAAGAACAAACCGAAAGUGGUUCCCAAACCUAGUGCGGUUGGCGUCCAAAGGACGGAGUCCGGCGUCAAAGCUAGCGCGACAAAGCUGUCGUCGAAGCCGUCGAACGUCGCGAGCUUGCAACAGAAAUUCGAGAAUAGAAAAUCUAUAGGUAAAGAGAUUAGCGUUCCGAAAAAA